UUUAGAUAACCCCCUAAAACCUCAACAAAGCCCUUUUACCUCUGCUAGAAGCCUCAACAAACAUGGCCACUAUCACCGCCAGGUCCCUCCUCCGCUCCGCCACUUUCUCCGGCCGAACAGCCGCCGUUAGACUUGCCGGAGGCUCCAAGCCGAAGGUCUCCUCCUCUCCUUUUCGUAUUCCUUCACAGAAACCCAUCGCCGCUCGCAUUUUCAGGUUACCUGUUGAAAUGAGUUGUGUAAUUGUUGAAACGAUGUUUCCAUAUCACACUGCUACGGCUUCAGCAUUGCUGAAUUCAAUGUUAUCUGCUACUCCUCGAAGCUAUGGUUGGACUCUUGAAGAAUUUGCAGGCUCAGCAACUUCAAUGAGGAUUUUGUCAACAGGUAACCUCGUAGACCCUCUUAAUCAUGUAACGUUUAUACGAUGAAUGAUAUUGGUUCUGGCUUCAUCGAGUCAACUGCAUUUUAAGUUGAAAGAUGUAACCACAACCCAAUUGUGUACUGUAUUUCUCAACCCUGACAUACAACAACAACAUACUCUGUGUAGUCCCACACGAGUAGGGUCUGAGGAAGGUAAUGUGUAGCGAUGGACCCUCGGCCCAUGCAGUAAUGUACUCAACCGGUCAACCCUAAGAUUUGUCGAGGAAAUCAACAUCUUCAAAUAUAGGGGCAGCUUGGCCUGGAUCCCGCUUUCCUUUUUAGCCUAUUUCAAAAGGGUCACUUACGUUCUUUUUUCGGUAAUUCUUUCAUUUCAACUAUUUUUCUCGUUGACAUGUUUAAUACUACGAGAUUCAAAAGUGUUUGUUACUUAAACAUGGAAAACGGAAUCAUCAUAGGCUAGUCAA